CGUCUGUCACGACUCUCCACUCUACCCCCAUCCCCACCACCUCGACCUCCCGCAACAGGGCCUGGCAUUGUUCACCGCACCGACAAUGCCCGUCUCCCUUGCUCGAUUGGCCGGUAACACGGCGAGGCGGUUCUGCCUCAACUCCCGCACGCCACGCACCGCGCUCCCCAGGAACCUCGGCCGCGCCCUCUCGACCUCGCGUCCACGUCAUUACGCGGACAUCGCCACCGAGCAAGGCGCUGGCGGCAUUGGCGGCACACGCCUUAUGAACGUCGAUGCCGACUUCAAGCAACCUCUCAACCCGGACGAUGUUCAGCACUUGAACACAGCCCCCGACGAUGGCUCGGAUCCCCAGAAGCGCAAGAUCCGCCAUUACACUGUCAACUUCGGUCCCCAGCACCCGGCCGCCCACGGUGUGUUGCGUCUAAUUCUGGAGUUGAACGGUGAAGAGAUCGUUCGCGCCGACCCCCACGUCGGCCUGCUGCACAGAGGCACGGAGAAGCUUAUCGAGUACCGGACAUACCUGCAGGCUCUUCCCUACUUCGACCGUCUGGACUACGUUUCCAUGAUGACCAAUGAGCAGUGCUACUCGCUGGCCGUCGAGAAGCUGCUGAACAUUGAGAUUCCGGAGCGCGCCAAGUGGAUUCGGACUUUGUUUGGCGAGAUUACUCGUAUCCUGAACCAUCUCAUGUCCGUUCUGUCCCACGCCAUGGAUGUUGGUGCUUUGACACCUUUCUUGUGGGGUUUCGAGGAGCGUGAGAAGCUCAUGGAAUUCUAUGAGCGUGUCUCUGGUGCUCGUCUCCACGCUGCCUACGUCCGUCCCGGUGGUGUUAGCCAGGAUAUCCCCAUUGGCCUUUUGGAUGAUAUCUAUCAGUGGGCCACCCAAUUUGGUGACCGCAUUGACGAGACGGAAGAACUUCUGACUGACAACCGUAUCUGGAUUGGUCGUACGAAGGAUGUCGGUGUCGUUUCUGCCGAGGACGCCCUCAACUACUCUUUCUCCGGUGUCAUGCUUCGCGGUUCCGGUGUGCCCUGGGACAUUCGCAAGUCGCAGCCUUAUGACGCUUACGGCCAGGUCGAAUUCGAUGUGCCCGUUGGUCAGAAUGGUGACUGCUACGACCGAUACCUGUGCCGUAUGGAGGAAUUCCGCCAGUCGCUGCGCAUCAUCCACCAGUGCCUGAACAAGAUGCCCUCGGGCCCGGUCAAGGUCGAGGACUACAAGAUCGCUCCUCCGCCGCGUGCUGCCAUGAAGGAGAACAUGGAGGCCCUGAUCCACCACUUCCUGCUCUACUCGAAGGGUUACACUGUCCCGCCUGGCGAGACUUACAGCGCCAUCGAGGCGCCCAAGGGUGAGAUGGGUGUUUUCCUUGUUUCGGACGGUUCCGAGCGCCCUUACAGGUGUAAGAUCCGCGCGCCGGGUUUUGCGCACUUGGGCUGCUUCGACCAGGUCUCGAGGGGUCACUUGCUGGCCGACGCCGUGGCCAUCAUUGGUACGAUGGAUCUUGUGUUCGGUGAGGUCGACAGGUAAAGCGAUGCUUGCGGGUCAAGGGAGAAAGAAAUACUUGUACAUUUGUUUGUAGCGCGAGUACCGAGAGGUAUGAAUAUUUUUUUGAACGGUCGGUCUUGGUCCAGCGUGCGUAAAGUGUGUUGGUGGUAGCAUGGAAAGACUUUGUACAGUGGGGCGAAUGGGCAAGCUGCCGCUGGUCCAUUGCUGCCCCCAGCAUCUAUACUAUGGCAGUCGAAAUAACAUUCCGCUCCGCAGAAACGGGUU